AUGCAAGAGCUUUGGCAGUCCGGCGUUCAUUGGGACGAGUCGAUUCCACAACAUAUUCAUUCGCGAUGGGUAAAAUUUAGAGCGCAACUAUACGAUUUAAAUCGAAUACAAAUGCCGCGGGGGGUCAGGCCCGAAUCCAACUCACGCUUUGUUCAGAUCCACGGGUUUUGCGACGCGAGUCAAAACGCUUAUAGUGCCUGUGUGUACAUUCGCACCAAGGUGGCCCCGGGGGAACAUCACUCUGAUUUGCUCUGUUCAAAGUCUCGGGUUGCCCCUCUCAAAGCCACAACGUUACCGAGACUCGAGCUCUCAGCAGUAUUACUCUUAGCCCGAUUAAUCUCGAAGGUUCACGAUUCAUUAGGCGUUCCCUAUCUUCCUAAGGUACUAAAGUGGUCCGUCUUUGUGGCCAAUAGAGUCGGCAAGAUCCAGUGCCUCACCGAAAGCAAGGAUUGGCGUCACGUGGCAUCAUCCCAAAACCCGGCCGACAUUUUUUCGCGUGGAUUAGGCCCCGGCGAGUUAGCCGAUUUGAGCUUGUGGUGGCACGGGCCGCCCUUCCUGCAAACGAACGAUGACCUUUGGCCCACGGGGACAUUUGCGCGAUUAGAGGAAAAUCUUCCUGAGCUGCGGAAAACGGCAGUCGCCGCCACCCGCCCCGCGUCGCCAUCUGAAUUCAUCACUCCCAACGAGUUAUCGCAUGCCUUGAAGGUCAUUUGCAAGGAUGUACAGAGGCAGGAAUUUCCCAUUGAACAGGAGUCUUUACGCAGGGGAGAGACUAUCCCGCAAUCGAACAGAUUGCUGUCUCUUUCGCCCUUCAUGGAUGAAAAAGGUUUAAUAAGAGUGGGGGGCAGAUUGCGAAAUUCUCAGCUUCCCUUUGACUCACGUCAUCCCAUUCUGCUUCCUGGCGGCCACAAUCUAACUCGGCUCUUAAUAAGUCGGGAAUACGCUCGUAACCUUCACGCUGGUCCGCAGGCCACUAUGGCCGCGGUCCGCCAAACAUUUUGGCCACUAUCUUUACGGUCAAAUACGCGCAAGAUCAUACAAAAGUGCGUAAUUUGCUUCAAGGCCAACCCACGGCACUCGCAAACCAUAAUGGCCCCGCUCCCGGCUGGCCGCACUACGGUGUCGCGUCCCUUCUCGCGCUGCGGGGUCGACUACGCCGGCCCGUUCGCUAUAAGAGAGGGAAAAAGACGAAAUUCUAAAAACCACAAGGCAUAUAUAGCCAUAUUCGUCUGCUUUGUACCCAAAGCGGUACACAUCGAGGUAGUGAGUGACCUGGCCAUUGAUGCCUUCUUGGACGCAUUCAAGCGUUUUAUCUCACGCAGGGGCAAACCAGUCCACAUGUUUUCCGACAAUGGAAAUAACUUUGUUGGCGCUAAUAAGCAGCUCCAAGAGUUGCACGAAUUCUACGUUCAGGCUAAGGCGCGGGGUCAGAUCAGUCAAUUUUUACAUGAUCAACAAAUUUCUUGGAGUUUCAUUCCGCCGAAUGCUCCUCACUUCGGGGGAUUAUGGGAGGCAGCGGUUAAAUCCGCGAAAUUACACAUGACUCGGGUUGUCGAUGGAGCUCACUUAACAUUCGAGGAGCUUCAAACUAUCCUAUGCGAGACAGAAGCCAUUCUUAAUUCGCGACCUAUUACGGCCAUGAGCUCGGACCCUAACGACAUGUCACACCUAACCCCAGGACAUUUUCUGAUCGGCACGGCACUGAACAGUUUUCCUUCCAGGGACUUAGACGACGUUCCGGAGAAUCGAUUGCUCCGUUGGCAGAGGAUUCAUCAGAUUCUGCAGCACUUCUGGCGUCGCUGGAGCACAGAGUAUUUACAAUCAUUGCAGCAACGUUCUAAGUGGAAGGCACCAGCAAAAUCUGGAUCAACGUUUUACAAUUAUAAGGGAAGUCACAGUAUACAUUUGAUGGCAGUGGCUUCAGCAUCAUAUCGAUUUCUUCUUGUCGACAUUGGAGCUAAAGGUCGUCAUAGUGAUAGAGGAGUAUUUAAGAACUCUCUAAUGGGACAAAUGUUUGCUGAUAAUGAACUUGAUGUACCUUCACCUUCCCCAAUCAUCGAGAACGGAGAUCCAAUGCCUUAUGUAUUGGUGGCAGAUGAGGCGUUUCAACUGACCCAUUAUACAAUGAGACCAUUUCCAGGCAAAACAAUAUCAUAUGAUCAACGAAUUUUUAAUUAUCGUUUGAGCAGAGCUCGAAGAAUUAUUGAAAACACCUUUGGCAUAAUGGUGGCACGAUGGAGAAUCUUUGAAGGACCAAUAAAUACAUUAUUAAAAACGGCAGAAAAAAUUGUGAAAGCUUGUAUAGUAUUGCAUAAUUUUUUAAUGGAUAAACCGCAGUACUGCAGGCCUGGUUUUGCCGACUCCAUACAGUUGGAUGGAACAGUAAGUCUUGGUGAAUGGCGCCAAGAAAUACGAAAUGGGCUCCAGUCGAUAAGAAGAGUAGGAAGCAACACUCAUGCUCGGAAUGCAGCCACUGUGAGGGAGAACUUUAAAAACUACUUCCUUGAUAUAUUGGAGCUGUUCCGUGGCAAUGGGACAUUGUCUAACAGAUUAAAGAAACUUAUAUAA